AUGGCGGACAUCGACGAAGACGAUGCUCCUCCAGACCUGGUGGACGUCUCUGCAAUACCAGCAGAGCCACUUAUCGAAGAGGAGGUGACUACUAGGGUUCCUAUCACCUUGGUCACUGGAUACCUGGGAGCAGGAAAGACCACCCUCCUCAACUACAUUCUAACAGAGAAGCAUGGCAAGAAGAUUGCUGUGAUCAUGAAUGCAUCUGAUAUUGAGAAGCCCUUAACUGUCAACGAAGAAGAUGGCCAAAAAGUCACCGAAUGGAUGGAAGUCGGCAAUGGCUGCAUCUGCUGCUCAGUCAAAGACUCCGGUGUCAUGGCUCUUGAAUCUCUCAUGGAACGCCGAGGGACAUUCGACUACAUCCUCCUGGAGACCACCGGCUUAGCCGACCCCGGCAAUAUCGCCCCGGUAUUCUGGAUGGACGAAGGCCUGGGCAGCUCAAUCUACCUUGACGGAAUCAUCACCCUAGUCGACGCUAAGAACAUUCUCAAGCUUCUCGACGAGCCAGCCCCCGAAGAAAAAGCAGAGUCGCACGUUCCAGACCACGACCACGGCUCUGGGCCCGUGUUAUCCAUGGCCCACAUGCAGAUCUCGCAUGCGGAUGUGAUAAUUCUCAAUAAAACAGACCUCGUCACGCCCGCAGAGCUGGAGGGCGUGCGGGACCGCAUCACGGCGAUUAACAGUGCGGCUAAGAUCCAUGUCACAGACCACAGCCGCACGCCACAGAUUGAGGGCGUUGUGCUGGAUUUACAUGCUUAUGACCAUCUUGCUGAUAUGGACUUCGGUAAUAAGGGGCAUAGCCAUAUGGAUCCGGCCAUCUCGACUACGGCUAUUGUUACGCCGCCGAUCCCCGCGGAUCGGGUGAUGAAGGUGGAUGAGUGGCUUCGCUCGGUGCUUUGGGAGUCCACGCUGCCCACUGGGGUAGAUCCGGCGCCGGAGGGUCAUCCUAUCGGAUUUGAGAUUCAUCGGCUGAAGGGUAUCUUGACGCUUGAUGAUGGCUCGAGCAAGAUUAUCCAGGCUGUUAGGGAUACGUUUGAAAUUCGGGACUCACAGCCACGCCCGGACGAUGGGGAUGAGGCGGCGGUGUCUCAAUGCAAGAUUGUUCUCAUUGGACGUGGACUCACAGCUAGCGCAGAUCCCUGGAGAGAAAGCUUUGAGGCUCUAAAUACCAUCGAAGAGACCGUCAACGCCGAGUAA